UAACUAUCAAUAUUUGGUUACAUUAAGAACUAAUAAAACACUUGUCGUUUAGACAAAACUACACCGCCAUCUAGCGGUUCGGCCGCGAUAAACCGAGGAGGUCACUUUAUUGUGAAAACAAUGGCGACCGGACUCGGCAACUUCAAGACGUUCCAAGAUGGCGACCGGGCGAGGGCCGUUUUUUCAGAGCUUCUUGGAGGGUUUGAGGAGGAACCGAGCCGAGCCGAACUGCGGCCCAACGGCUCCGGCAGCACGACAGUCGCGCGCUACACCGAGUCCGACCGGAAGCGAGUCGGGUCCGCGUGCUGACGGUCCAACGGCCGGAAAGAGACAACCGAGCGGUGGCAGAUGGACACCGCCGAGAAUAAAGGAAUAUGAAACAUAUUUAACUACAAUGGUAACUUCUCAGUCUGACGACAACUUCAUGGAAAGGCUGCCGCCUGAGAUCUUGCUGAAGAUUCUGUCGUACCUGGAUGCCUCGGCGCUGUUCUGCAUCAGCCACGUCGACAAAACCUUCCACCAGCUCGCCGCCGACGAUGAAAUCUGGCGUAAGAUCUACGUCUCAGAUUUUGGGAGCCAAUCCUGGAGGCCGAAGCCGGCGGCGCCGGGGGUCGACUGGAAGUCCGACUCAGCGGCGGCUCGGCGGCCGGCGGGUCACUGGAAGAAGGCGUACUUCAGGACGGUCGGACAGGAAGUGAACAAGUGGAGGAGCGAGAUGAGAGACGUCGACCCACACAGCGGUUUACCCCGGAGCACGCAGCGCGUCCUCAGGAGCCUGAAGGUCGGCUGGCAGCUGACGCUCACCUGUUGCUCUGGGCGGGAGAUGACGGUGGAGCCGAGCCGCGCUCACUUCUGCCAAUCCUCGGCCAUCGUCUUCUUCGGGGACGGACGCUUCCCCCGACUCGGUCAGAUCCAGAGCCUCCGCCUGUACGGCGUCAGGACGGCGAGGAGCGUCCGAGCCGGCAGCUUCUACCGGGCUGAGCGCUCUCUCAUCCUGCAGCUGGACGCGAGGACUCGCGGGUGUUUCUUCGGCAGAGACGAGCUGGUGACUCUGAGGCGCCUGCAGCCCGCCGUCACCGUGGCAACCUGGAGGGGUGAAGACACGGUCGCCUUCGUCAUGGUCACGCUGCACCUCCACAAACUGCUGGAGAGAAGUCUGCUGGGAUCUCCAGUCUGCCCGUACUCGGAGCCCCUCGGCUCUCCUCCUGUGGGUGAAUCGGACCCCGAAGUCGGUCUGCGAGGCUACUCGCUGCACUUCGUCCUGCACAACACAGGCUCAGAGAUCAUGGCGGGAAACUUCCGCCAGCUGUGCUGUCGCCCAGGUGGAAUCCAGCGCGGCCUGCUGGAGCUGAGGGUCAUCAGCAGGAGCGACGUGUCCCAGCACAGGUCGCUCUCCGGGGCCAUCGAGCUGCCCUGGAGGAGCGAGGCCCUGCAGGGCUCCGUGGAGAACUGCUGCGUCAUGACGCUGACCCUGCUGGACGACUCCCAGAAGCCUCGCUGGUGCGUCAGCUCCUCCGUCGCCGUUGUCGGGGCGACGGGGCCUCCGGCCCUCGACUACGCCGGCGAGCACUUCGUGAUGUGCCACUGCGACCCCGGGGGUCAGGUGACCAUGAGGCUGGUCCGGCUGACGGAGCAGAGGCAGUUCCUCGUGGUCGACCUCGUCGUCCGCGUUCCCGCCGCCGGGCGCCACUAGCGCUUCAGAGCUCGUGCGUGAUUUAGUUUAAUUCAUCACAAAGUAUCGGAGGGCAAAGCUGCUAUUCAUGAUAAAACGACUCAUCGAAGCCUUUGUUCUCAUGUUUGGUUCCUAAUAUAUAUUAAAUAUAUAAAUAAUUCAGUGACUGGAGCCUGAAAGCAUUUUUCCUUUUGAAUUUCAGUGACGUGUUUUGUUUUACUGCUCAAAAGUCUUUUUCUGUAAGCGUUUAAGAAUUUUUUAAGAAAGAACUUCUAAAUGUGUUAUUUGAUCUUAUACCAAUACAGGAAGUCUGUUUGUGUUAAGAUUAAACUGUUCAUUAUAAUAUCUCGAAA